GCGUGGAGCUGUGUGCAACCUCCGCCUCUGUCGUGCUGUACUGAUGAAGGAUGAAAUUUCUUGGUAAGAUGCUGGGAAUACUGGCGGUUCUGACCGUGAGCUUCGUCAUUCCCGGGUAUUACAUGCUGUUUCAGAAUGCCAUUCGAAUGAAUCCACAAGCCACUGGUGACUUUGCUUACCUAAAAUGUAUCAGCAGGGAGUCAGACGGAGAUGUAGAUGAUGUGUCGGAAGCGCGGCUGCUGAAGAAGGAGGUGCGCGUGCUGGUGUGGGUGAUGACGUCACCUCAGAAUCUGCAAACAAGGGCGCGUGCGGUGCGCGACACGUGGGGGAAGCACUGCAACAAGUUGCUCUUCUUCAGCUCCGAGACGGACAAGAACUUCCCCACAAUCGGCCUCAACGUCAGCGAGGGCCGCGAGCACCUGACGGCCAAGACCAUGAACGGCUUCCGGUACGUCUACGAGCACCACUUGGACGACGCCGACUGGUUCAUGAAGGUGGACGAUGACACGUACGUGAUAGUGGAGAACCUGCGCUACUUCCUGUCCAACGAGGACACGAGGGAGCCCGUGUGGUUCGGCCAUCACUUCAAGAUCAUCGUCAAGCAGGGCUACUACAGCGGGGGCGGCGGCUACGUGUUGAGCAAGGAAGCGCUCAAACGUUUAUACGAGAAAGUUGUACCUGCAGGUUCUGACCCGAAAGUCUGUCGCCAAGAUGGCGGCGGAGAGGACGCAGAACUGGGCAGGUGCAUGGAGACGCUUGGGGUUCGAACCUCCAACACAUCCGACGUCAUGGGUCGUAGUCGCUUCCACUGCUUUGACCCCGAGACGUUCCUGUCUGGCAACUAUCCUGAUUGGUACUACCACUACGACACCAACGGCGCCCAGAAGGGAAUCGAUGUGAUGAGCGACUACUCCAUCACCUUCCACUACGUGUCACCUGAGAAGAUGCAGGCCUUGGAGUUCUACAUCUACCAUCUCCACCCAUACGGCAUCAACAAAGGUCGACAGAAUCUGAACAGAGGUUCGUUCAGGAGCCAGGAAGUGCAGCCAACUAGGAGAUAGGACUAUUUGAGCGAUGUGUGCAACCUUUGACCUCAGAUUUAUUUUCCAGAGAGAAAGACAUGGUUCUCACCUGCAGCGCGUGAGACAAGACUUUAAACCAACACUUAAAACACAAGCGAGCCUCGAAUUUCUAAAAUAGGUAAAAUAUUGGUAACAGGUGCCCUAACAUGCUCACACAAGUAAGCAAUUUUGUCUUUAAUUAUUCCUUUUAGAAGUGUCCCGCUUUAUGUCGAUAAAUAUUUUUCAAAUUUUUAAUAUAUUUUUACUGGUUAAAAAGUCAUUAUUUUAGUCAAAUUUUGUUUCAAAAUACUAGCUGAAACCUUGGUCGUUUUCUUCGUUACACAUUCUGUCAAUGCCAUAAUAAAUGUUCACAUAUCACGUAUAGUUGUCCUGUAAUAAUCAAACAUGAUUAUUGCUCAAUUAGAAUUUCUCUCAAAAAUUGGUAUGCCUCUAGCAAAAUGAAACAUAGUUUUGUCUAAGCACUUUCGUGUUGUGGAACGAGGAUGUUUUGAUGUAAUAAGAGAGCUGUAUGAUAAUACUAAAAACAUCGGACGUAUUAUCACAAGUAUUUAAUUUUUAAAGAAACGUAGAAGUAAUUGCAGAGUUUAUGUGCUAAUUUGUCUGUUCUAUUAAUGCCAGUGCUAAAAUAUAUAUCAGACCCUUAAAAGUAUCAGUAACUUUUAUCAGUACAGUUAUGAGAUCGUCGUGGAAACAUUUUCAUUGUGAGCAACCAAAUUUUCUUCCACAGAUGUAGUUCAGUGUAAUAAAGUAUACCGUAAAAUCCUGAUCACCCUGUAAAUUUGCAACGUUUAAUUUGGAGCUAAAUCAGUGCUGUUUGUUUUUGUUUUUGUUUUGUUUUGUUUUUUUGUAAAUAAACUUUUGACACAGAAAGUGACCUAUAGCAUUUGUACGUAUGUAAUCACGAUGUGUGUUCAAACAGGCGUAUGUGCGUGUUUGUGUUAGUGUACAUAUGCAUAUACAUACAUAAGAUAUGUGUAUGUGUAAUAAUAAAAAAUGUGUGCUUGU